CCAAAACCUGAGGCGAAGUGCCGGAGGAGGGGGAGAACGGGGGAACGAGGCAGAGUUGGGCCUGGCCGAGGGGAGUGGCCAAGCCUGCGGCCCGCCCCGCAGGGACGGUAGGCGGGGACUAACCCCGCUCUGAACCAAUCGCCACCCAGCCUUGGCGAGCGGUCGCCGAGGGAUUGGAUCGCUUCCGCGGAGAGGCGGGGCUGAGCCUUGAGACCAAACCCCAAGGCGUUGGCGCCGCCUUCUGGGGGGGAGGAGCCACUUUUCAGCACCUCUCCAAGAAGGGGUGGGGGGCAAAAGGAGCAUCCCGUUCCUCCCGCCCACUAGAGGGCGCUGAGGGGGCCAUGAAGCUGGUGCGCCUGCUCUGUCGACACAAGACCCUGCUGGGGGGCCUGUCCCUCUUUGGGAUGGUGCUGCUCUACUUGGCCAGGUGCACCUCGGAGGGCCUCAAGUCUUCCCCGGGGUGGGGGCUACCCCAGCAGCAGCAGCCCCCGCCUGCCCGGGGAGGGGCCCUGGGCGGCCCUCACCCCCCUGCGGCAGCUCCUCCGCCCCCUCCAGAGGAGGCUACCUUUCUGGCGGUGCUGGUGGUCAGUGGGCCCAAGUACACCGAGCGGCGGAGCAUCAUCCGGAGCACCUGGUUCUCGGCGGCCGGCCGGGUGCCCCACAACGACCUGUGGUGCCGCUUCGUGGUGGGAACCGGAGGGCUGAGCAGCGAGGAGCAGCAUGGCCUGGAACUGGAGCAGAGCCGCCACCAUGACCUCCUCCUCCUCCCUGACCUGUGGGACUCCUACGAGAACCUGACCGCCAAAGUCUUAGCCAUGUACGUCUGGCUGGACCAGCACCUGGACUUCCGCUUCGUCCUGAAGGCCGACGACGACACCUUUGUCCGCCUGGACGUCCUGGCGGAAGAACUGCGGUCCAAGGAGCCGCGCCGCCUCUACUGGGGCUUCUUCUCGGGACGCGGACGGGUGAAGUCGGGCGGGAAAUGGAAAGAAAACGCCUGGCUCCUGUGUGACUACUACCUGCCUUACGCCCUGGGCGGUGGCUACGUCAUCUCGGCCGACCUGGUGCACUACCUGCGCCUGAGCCAGGACUAUCUCAACCUCUGGCAGAGCGAGGAUGUCUCCCUGGGGGCCUGGCUGGCCCCCGUGGACGUCAAGAGGAUUCAUGACCCUCGCUUCGACACUGAGUACAAGUCGCGCGGUUGCAACAAUAAGUACGUGGUGACGCACAAGCAGAGCCUGGAGGACAUGCUGGAGAAGCAUCAGACUCUGGCCAAAGAAGGGAAGCUUUGCAAGGAGGAAGUGAAACUCCGACUCUCGUACGUGUACGACUGGAAUGUGCCUCCUUCCCAGUGCUGCCAGAGAAAAGAUGGCAUACCCUGAAACCCUGGACUGGAAGGGAGGAAGGGAAGCUGAACUGGGAGGGGCGGGUCGCAAGGGAAGGACAGGUGUCACACUCCAAGCUCUCCCUGUGUUGAACUUACACCCAAUAUGCCUAAUCGUACUUCAUCGUUUUUAAACCUUCAGAGUAAUCCUAUUUUCAUUUGACUUAACAAAAAGUUAUGGAAGAACACUUGAGCCUUCUGCGCUUCCCCAAAACUUAGGACUGUUAAAUUAUGCAUUCAUAAAGGGGACAUCAUUCGAUGGGAUGUGAAACAUUU